AUGGCGGGAGCCAGAGCCCAGUUCACACAAAGCUGUGUGGUUCAUGGUGGAACAUUUGGAUAUUUUGGAGUGAAAUUAGAAGGCACUGGAGAGUUUGAAGCAGGGUUUUUCCCUUCCCUGGUGGCCCCCCUGUUGUGGCAAGGACGAGUGCUAAAGACUAUGCUCCUAGAAGGACCAGUGUUUCAAAGACUUGCUCCUGCAGUUUCUCUCUCCGCAAAAUCAGGAAAGAGUAACAAGGGACUGCCACCAAAUCCCAAAAAGCAAAGUCUACCAAAAGAUCCCACAGGAGCCACCAUGUCCACCGAGCCUUCUGACAACACCACCUACAAGAACCUCCAACAUCAUGACUACACCGGGUACACCUUCUUAGACCUGAACCUGAACCUCUCGAAGUUCAGGCUUCCUCGGCCCUCUUCCAGACAAGAGUCACCUCGCCACUGA